UCCUCCUCUAAACUCUUCAUCACAGAGGCCAAAUCCUAUACCCUCAGAUCCCUAUCACCGGCGUCGACAUCAUCAUCAAGCAUAUCAAGAAAGAGGUCAUCACACAGCCGUUUCACUUCCGGCGACUCCUCGGAGUCCUCGCGCUGCCUCUUGGAACUUGUGCUUAUGGCAAGUGAAGGUAUGGCAAGUGAAGGUGUGGCAAGUGAAGGAAGACAUGAAGCUAGGGCAAAGUGGAAUGAAAUGCACAAGGCUUACCUAGUAAAGUUAUUGUGUGAGUAUAAUACUCCUGCGUACCGUUCACAAAAUGGAUGGACAAAAGAGGCAUGGAACAAGAUCGUACGUGACAUGAUAACCAAGUUUUCCAAUCCAAGCAUCACCACAAGCCAAGUCAAAGCAUUAGAGCAAGACUUGAAAAAAACAUACAAGCUUCUAAAAGGGUUUUCUGAAUUAAGUGGGUUCGGAUGGGAUUAUGAAAGACAUAUUGUGUCCGCUCCUGAUGAUGUCUGGGCACCACUACUAGAGAGGAAUAGAGAUGCAAGGAAGUGGCAUACUAGACCGUUUCCAUAUUUUAUGGCAUUGCAGGAGGUUUAUGAGGGGAGGUAUGCUGAAGGCAAACGAUCUCGUGGUAUAGAAGAUUAUGAAGAUAUCUCCCAAUCACCAAUGCACACCCCUAACUCCAAGUGUCUUUACUCCAAACGAUUCAAGGCAACAAUCACUCGCGACACGAGGACCCGAGGAUGA